AAAGGAGAGGCGUUACUCAGUUUCCUUCCUCCCUUAUUCCCGAGAUCUCUGUUUAUAUGAAUACAUAAAAAAUAGAUCCCCAAAACAAAAAAACAAAAACAUAAAUAAAUAAAAUAAUGAAUAUGGGUGGCGGAGCGGGCAUCGGCGACGACACCACCACCACCUCCGCCGUCACUCAGCUCAGCCACGCCGUGUGGCGGCGCUACCAGCAUCUGCUGGACAAAUCCACGCCGAUGGUGCUGCACCGUUGGAUCUCACUCGCCGCGGUCGCGUUCGUCUUCGCCCUCCGCAUCUACUUGGUCCAGGGCUUCUACAUCAUCACAUACGGACUCGGAAUCUACAUCCUCCAGCUGCUCAUCGCCUUCCUGUCGCCGCAGGUGGACCCCGAGAUGCAGGAGCUCACCGACGGCCCCGCCCUCCCCACGCGCGGCUCCGACGAGUUCCGCCCCUUUGUCCGCCGCCUCCCCGAAUUUAAGUUCUGGCAUUCUCUCAUGAAAGCUUUUUGCAUUGCUUUUGUGCUGACAUUUUUCAGCGCCUUUGACGUGCCUGUAUUCUGGCCAAUUCUGCUAUUCUACUGCGUUAUGGAAAAAAGGCAGCCCCAGCUGAUGAGUCGAGCACUGCAAGGCCUUAAGUUCCUCAGGUAGAUUUGGGCCUAUAAUUCUGAAGAUGUACUUACGUUAUAUAGGGUCUACGGAAUAUUUUGACUGUUGUAUUCUUUUAGCAUUCCAUGUUUUAGUCGUGCUCAUCGGAACAUGUAGCUCCCUAGUUUACCGUUUGGUAAAAUUUAAUUACCACAUUUACGUGCCCACUAAUUUUCUCCAGCUUGAGGUAACAUAGUUUCAACAUGUUGUCACAAUUUUGUGAAUCAGAUUCCUAUAUGCCAUUUGAUUGAUAAGUUGUUUCACUUUCACAUAAACUUGUGAUUUGAUUCUUAUUAUGCCAUUUGAUUGAUUAGUUGUCUCACUUUCACAUAAACUGUAGAGUUUCCUGUAGAUUUAUCACUCUCCACCUAAAUGUUUAAAUGCAUAUUUCGAGCAUUGAUCUGUCUUUUCAUAUCUCG